GAAUAAAAUUUCUUCUUCCAAAUUUGUGGCUACAUUUUCACAAAAAGAAGUUGUGGCUUGCCUUCUUUAACAAAUGCGUCCAUUAUUUUGAAUUAUUUUAUUAUAAUUUUGAAUAAAAAAAAUUAAUAAAGUAUUGUGGCUGAUAAAAAAUAUAAAAUGAAAUACACAGAAAAAGACAAAAGGCCAUCACCUUCGUCCUAUCAUCCAAUUGGAACCACGAAAUGGAUAUGGUUUCUUAUCUUCUAAGCCUCCAAACCCCAUUUCUCUGCGACUGUCACUGCCACAUGUAGAACAAACCACCGUUAACCCAAAGCCACACUUACAUUACAGAAGCGCUACCAAAAUCACAUUCAUGGAAGCUAUUUUCGUCGCAAAACCAGCUUCACACCUCAAAACCACAUUCUCCCCCCAUUCCAGACACCAAUUCCUAACCCACCAACAUAAACAUUCCCUUCUUCCCAUUCGCCACAAAUCCACGCGCUUCCUUUCCCUCAACGCAGCAUUCCAAAAUCAACAACAACAACAACUACCCAAAGACACCGAAGAUGAGUCCUACGGCGAAGUCAAAGGAAUCAUCGGCAGCAGAGCUCUCCCCGGCGCUGCCGCCAUGGAAUACCUCAUCGAGUGGAAAGAUGGUCACGCUCCGUCGUGGGUCCCCGCCGACUUCAUAGCCAAAGACGUCGUUGCCGAAUACGAAACUCCGUGGUGGACGGCCGCGAAAAAAGCCGACGAGUCCGCUCUCAAACAACUCAUCGACUCCAGCGACGGCCGCGACGUAGACGCCGUGGACUCCGAUGGUCGAACCGCUCUCCUCUUCGUGGCUGGACUCGGCUCGGAGCCGUGUGUUCGGCUUCUAGCGGAAGCCGGCGCCAAUUUGGACCACCGCGACAACAGCGGUGGCUUGGCGGCGCUACACAUGGCGGCGGGGUACGUGAGGCCCGGCGUGGCGAAGCUGCUUUUGGAACUCGGCGCGGAUCCGGAGGUUGUGGAUGACCGUGGAAGAACGGCGUUGGAUCUGGCGAAGGAGAUUCUGAAGGUGACCCCGAAGGGGAAUCCGAUGCAAUUUGGGCGCAGGAUUGGAUUGGAAGGUGUGAUUAGGGUUUUGGAAGGGGCUGUGUUCGAGUACUCAGAGGUGCAGGAGAUUCUGGAACGGAGGGGGAAGGGUGAGAAUUUGGAGUAUUUGGUGAAGUGGAAGGAUGGCGGUGCCAACGAGUGGGUGAAGGCUAAGUUUGUGGCGGAGGAUUUAAUCAGAGACUACGAAGCUGGCCUUGAGUACGCGGUGGCUGAGGCGGUGAUUGCUCGGAGAGUUGGGGAUGAGAGGAAGCCCGAGUUUUUGGUUAAAUGGGCCGAUUUGGAUGAGCCCACUUGGGAGCCCGAGGAAAAUGUGGAUCCUGAGCUUGUUAAAGUGUUCGAGCAAAGUAACAAUCAGCCCCAGCCUAGUAAUAAUGGGCCUGCAGUUGUCUUGUCGAAUCAGGAUUGAUCCUUUCCUUCGGCUACCAUGUUUUUGUAAAUUUGUGGAGCACUUUGUGGUUGCAUUAUUUAAAAUCUAAUCCAUUAGUUGACCGAAA